CUUGCAGCUACGGCUAUUGCACAGGCCCAAAAAAGUCCUAGACAGAGCAGGCCUCAAAGUUGUCUUUUCCUACAGGUGAUCUCCUUUUCAGGAGGCAAUGUCAUGCCCUGACAGUCCUCCAGAGGAUGCUGCAGCUGAACAGCAGUGGAACCUGAGGAAUGAGGGCCAUGUGGAAGGUUUCUUUGCUGUGGCUUUGCAGCUGAGAGACCAGCACCAUCUUGUGGACAUGACUGUGUCCCUUGGCCUAAGGAACUAUGAAGCCCAUGGUCCCCUCCUUGCCGCUGUGAGCUCCAUCUUCCGGCAGCGUUUAGAAUGUGGGGAGCAAAGUGUGAUGGAGCUGGAUGGCGUGAUCACACCACGGGGCUGGGAGGCCAUUUUUAAUUUUGCCUACACUGGGGAGUUACAGGCCACUCCUGAGGUUGCUGAUGAGGUCUUAGAUGCAGCUGAGGCACUGGGUGUCCCACGUGUGGCCGACAUUUGCAAGACUGUAUUGAUUGGGACAGAAACAGAGGACAGGUUGAGCCCAGAAGAAGAGAAAUGGGAGACACUACGGAGCCUGGAAGAGCUUUACAAAGAAGGCAUCGGCUGGGACCUGGAGCUUAAAGCUGAGCAAGAAACCUUCCGAGUUCACCGUGUGGCCUUGGCUUGUGGCUGUGAGUUCUUCCAUGGCAUGUUCACCAGUGGCAUGAGGGAAUCUCGUCAGGGGGACGCUCCUCUCUGUACCCGCUUUACCUCAGCUGAUCUGGGCAUAGUCAUCUCUUUUGCAUACUCAGGAGUUUUGGUUGGUGGAUGGGAUCAUCUCUUUGAUGCUGCUCAAGCUGCUCUACAGUACCAGGUUUCAGGCAUCUUGGAACUCUGCCUGGAUUUCUUCCAUCAAAAGCUGAGCCCUGAAUCUAGUUUGGAUGUCUUGUCUUUUGCUCGUGCCUUUGGCCUAGAUGAUCUGGAAAGCACUGCAGAGAACUUUGUAUUGUGGAACUUUGCUCUUGUCAUGGAAACGCCCAAAUUUUUGGACCUUCCCGUCGACCAGCUGGUGUACUUCCUCAGUUCUGAUGCCCUCUACAUCCUCAAUGAACUAGAAGCCUUUAAAGGAGCCGUCCGUUGGCUGGAUGCAGACCGGGAAGGACGGAUGGACCGUGCGGAGAGAGUCAUGCGCUGCAUUAGAUUCCCUUUGAUGUCCACUCGUGAGUUCAAGCAGGUGCGAGCAGAAGAGAUGAUGGCCUCUCCAGGUCGCUUCUACAACCUCAUGGUUGAAUCUUUAGCCAGCCUGCCACCAGGUCCCUCAAAGAUGGAACAACUCCCUUGCCGGGUGAGGUAUCCAGAGAAAGUGAUUGUCAUCAGUGGAGGAGACACUCUAGCCAAGAACAUGGCCACUCGCAACCCCAGUGGGGAUGUUUGGUUCUCCCACCGUUUCCUGAGUGGCAUUGGAUUGGUCAAGCAAGUUGAAUGGCGGAGUCUUGGGGAGCUUCCAGAAGGGCCACGCUUCCGACAUGCUGUGGCUGUCAAGGACAAUAUGAUGUACAUCUUUGGGGGGAAGCAUUACUAUGGUGUCAGGGACACCAUGUGCUCAGUGUACAAGUUCGAUCCUCUUUGCCAGCGUUGGGAGCAGUUGGCUGACAUGACAAGCCGCCGGAGUUAUUUCCCAGCUGUCUUCUUGGACGGUUUAUUCUAUGCGCUAGGAGGCAGCUCCAAUGAUGCCUAUUGCCUGGAUUCGGUGGAGUGCUAUGAGCCCAAGACCAAUGCUUGGAGGCCAUGUGAACCUCUGCCUGCUUCGCUCUGUGGUCAUGCAGCUUGCGUCCUAGACGGCUCCAUCUAUGUCUCAGGGGGUAGUGAUGGCUCGUGCCGUUGCCACUCCACCCUGCUCCAGUAUCGCCCAGGUGCACCUCCCAUCUUACUAGCCGCCAUGAGGGAGGAACGGGCAGGACAUGCUAUGGAAGUGCUGGAUGGGAAGCUAUAUGUGGCAGGUGGCUUGCAUUGGCGGGAUGGCCAUGGGGGUUAUGCUGAUCAACUGGCCUGUGAAGCAUACAACCCCAGCCUUGAUGUAUGGGUAGCCCUUAGUCCUCUGCCUCAGGCACAUGUCAUUGCUGCCUCCGCUGUCCUUCAAGGGGAGCUCUACAUCUUGGGGGGCUACAGCCACAACACCUAUCGCGAUAGUCACCUGAUUCACUGCUAUAACCCCACUCACAACCGUUGGGUCAAUGUUGGGACACUGCCCAAGGCUUAUGCUGACCUCAGGGCCUGCAUUUUAGAAGUCCCCGCUACCUUGAGGGGAAAACAGGCUUCACCUUUAGAUGCCCCCAGCUUGGAAAUCCCUGUGGAUCCUUCUACAGAGUCUCCACUUCCACACACUGACUAAACUUCUCCAGCUUUACCACACUCUAGGUAUGUGUCCCUUUAUAAAUAUCUUGAUGCCUUGAACCUCAGAUCUCAGAAGUCCCAGCUGUGGUGGCUAACAGUAAGGGAUUUGGAAAGCUGUUGUCCAAUACAUCUGGAGUUUGAUGGUUCCCCCACCCUUCUGUAAUAGAAGUAAAAUUCCACAUCCCCCAAAAUUUCACAGAUGAAAAUAGGGACACAUGGACAAGCACCAUCAGAGAGUGGUCAUGAUGGCAGAAGGUUAGUAAUGAACAACACACAAGCUAGGAAAGGCUGCAGCAGUUUGAUUUUGCCUGAGCCUACUGGGAAGGCCAAAAUUCCUACCCUCCUUCUUGCCUCUCUUUCCUCCUGAGUUAACUGAGGGCAACCCCCUUUUAGCACUUUAAACUCAGUUUGCAGCAAUGGAAGCAAGCUGAAAACAAAGAGGGAGGAGGUGAGAGGAACUGGGACAUUUUAAAAGCAGCUGAAAAAGUGGGAGGACAGUGGAAUAAUUGGGACUGUCCUUGCCAAACUGAGACAGUUGGAAAUUUCCUUUUUCCUGUUCACUGCAAUUUAAUUUCCAGACAGAUUUUUCCCCCUCACUUGGUAGAUGUAGUAUUUAUUCUUUCAACUGCAUGCUCUGGACAACUGUGGCUGAAGCUUGAGGUAUUAAGUUUAAGGAUAUACCAGGGCCAGCCCUGAGUGAGAGCAGAAAUCAAAUGGCCACAUUCCCUGAACAUCUGCAUUUACACUGCUCUAGAUUUCAUGUAUUUAUUUAUAUGCUUUAUUUAUUUAUUUAAUAUGCUAAUAAAAGAGUAGUUGUUUGU